AUGGACCACAUGUCAGGGAAAGUUAUUGUUGGCGGUGUGCUACAUGAGGUAGUUGGUCAAGUGUCAGGAAUUCCCACAGAAGCAGAAGGAGGUGUUGCCAAUCCAGGAGCAGAGAUAGAAGGCAGAGUAGGGAUAACAGGGUCAAUAUCACAUGCUGGAGAGGAGGGAUGGCUGGCAGAGUUGUUUCAGGUGGAGAGAGGUGUGACAGAGAAGGUAACCGAGUUCUUUACAGGAGAAGAAGAAUAUGAAGAUCAAUACACUCUCAGCACCCUCGACUACGUUAUUUUUGACCCAGGUGUAUUUUGUGAAAAAAAUUCUGUUAGAGAAUUUGCAUCUUAUGUCCUUCCUCCCAUUUACUGGUGUGUGUUUUUGUUUGGUCUCGUUGGAAAUAGUUUGGUCCUCGCUGUAUAUGUAUAUAAUAGAAAGCUAAAAACAAUGACAGACACCUUUUUAAUAAAUCUUGCUAUUGCCGAUAUACUUUUUCUGAUUACACUUCCCUUCUGGGCAAUAGCUGCCUCUCAUGAUUGGGUUUUCAAAACAGCUCUUUGUAAAGCAGUUAACAGCAUGUACUCAGUUAAUGUAUAUAGCGGUAUGUUGCUACUGGCAUGCAUUAGCAUAGACAGGUAUAUUGCAAUAGUGCAAGCCACUAAAGCUCAAAAGUAUCAGACUAAGAAGCUCCUUAUCAGCAAGUUAACAUGUUUCAUUGUUUGGGCACUUUCAACAGGUUUAAGUCUUCCUGAGAUCUUAUUUAGUGUAGUUAAGGAAGAAUUCAAUUCAACAACCUGUACAAUGUCUUACCCUGCUGAACUAAGCAAAACAUUUAAAGUUAGUGUUCUCUCACUAAAAGUUACGGUGGCCUUUUGCCUUCCAUUUUUAGUCAUGGUCUUCUGUUAUGCUAUGAUAAUCCCAAUUCUUGUCCAGGCUCGAGGUUUCCAAAGACAUAAAGCUUUAAAAGUUAUUUUUGCAGUUUUAUCAGUGUUUAUUUUAUCUCAAUUACCAUACAAUAGUAUACUUGUGUUAAGAGUACUGAAUGCUGCCAAUAUAAAUGAUUUUGAAUGUGCAACUACCCAAAAUAUUGAUAUUGCAUAUAAAAUCACACAGAGCGUUGCUUUUCUUCAUUGCUGUUUGAAUCCAUUUAUCUAUGUUUUUGUUGGAGUCAAGUUUAGAAGUGAUCUUUUGAAGAUUUUACAAAAAUGUAUUGGUGAACAGCAAUGGGCUAAAGGACUUUGGGGGGACAAUAAUAAGAAACCACUUUCAGAGACAAGGGAAAGCAAAAUGGGUACCUUAUCCCUGUAAAAAGGCAAGCUUUUGAAAACCUUUACUUAAGAUUGCUAUUAUUACUUUUAUAAUUAUUGCAUGUAAUUUUUAUAUUUUUAGUGUAACAAAUAUUCACUUUGCCUUAUAUAAUGAUUCACCAUCUUUAACCUAGUAUGCAAAAUACCCACAUCCACAUGUACCCACAUCCUGUCUGCAGUAUUAUGAAAGUUUACAUUUGCCACCUGCAGCAUCAUGCUUACUGUACAGUAACAAUUUGUUGAUUAUUGUUUGAUUUUAUUUUAAGGUUUUUAUUUUGCAGUUUUAAUUACAGUAUAUAACAAUGAUGAUUUUAUUUUGAUGUUGUUUGUUAUGACUUUUGACGUUUUAAACUGUUUUAUUUGUUACAAUGCAGUAUAAUUUGGAUCAAGUGACUGAAAUCUCUGCCACAAGUAGUUUCUUUAACAGCAGUCAAACAUCUUGCUUUGGUAAUUGUCCCCCAAAAACAUGCACAGGUGCAUUCUUAGCCUGGAUAUUGGCCCAAGUCUGCCAGCGGAAACCUUAGAGCUUCAUAUAACUAAAUGAUCAGGACUACCCUGUGACCAAGGAACCUGGUCCUUUGUAAAGUGCAUUCGCCUGUCACUUCACACAUGCGACGUGUUACAGCCAUGAAAGAAGGAGAAAAUUCCAACCUGUCCCACACCUGUUUGUGUGUAGUUACAGGAAUGAAUGCAAUCCAGCUGUCACUGUCAACACUGUUUGCAUUUUAACAAUUCCCCCAUUUAGUUCUCCUCCACCUAUCCUCCCCUCACAAUAAUCUCUCUUUCUUUCUUUCCUCAUAUAAAGCACCUUUUCUGCCCCUCUCCUCCUUCUUCCACCACAAUGUUUUUGUCAUUACUGUAUUAUCACCAUUUAACCCUUUCCCUGCUGAGCGGCAAUGGUGCUAUUUUCCUCUAAAUUAAAACACAAUAAAUCAAUAUAGACUCUAUACUCUUUGCCAGCAAUGCAGAUUAUGCAUUGGCUGCAGGCAAACUAUGGGCUGCCCUUUGUCCCAAGUCCAUAUUGUUUACAGAAAAAUACAUUUAUGUAUGCACAAAAAUCUUCUUGGACACAAAAUGAAUAUCUCUCAAGGUACAGGUACCAGUACACACUGGUGAAAAUAUACCAAAGCCAUAUUUAAAGUCAAGAAUGAGAACAACAAAUACAAUAAUAUAUAUAGAUAUAUAUAUAGAUAGAUACAAAAUUCAACUUUUAAGGAAAUUUAAUGAAGAAGCCCAAUGCACAAACCUAUUUAUACUUGAAGGGGUCUCAAUUUUUAUGGGUUUUCAGCUAUUAAGAGUUUUGUUCAGCAGCUCUUCAGUUUGGUAUUUUUGGAAAUCUGGUUGCUAUGGUGCAAUUUACCCUAGAAGCCAUGAAGUUGUUUGAACAAGAGUUGGGGAUAUGAAUAAAGAAGGGCCUAAAUAGAAAGAUACGUAAUUAAAAGUAACAAUAAUAUUAAAAUU